GGCUACCGGGUGAACAGAAGGGGUUCAAAUAGGAGCUUCGGCGAGGGGGUGCAUAAAGCUAUCCCGUAUAAAGGCCGGUGAUCCUCCAGGCUACGGCGUCACUUUGUUGAGAGCUCUGUGCGCAGGUACCUGCAGUCCCGGAAAGGCCCGUCGUGUACGCCACGCUUAUCGGUUACAUUGCUGCUGCGUCACGCGAAGACGUUCAAGAGGAAUAUGGGCCCCAUGGUGAAACUGUUUCUUCUAGCCGUUCUGGCGGUGGCAUACGCACAGCAGGACUACGACAACUCUCCGCCCGAGCCGUACGAGUUCAAGUACGACGUGACGGACGAAGAAGGCAACACGCAGAUGCACCAGCAGUCCAGCGACGGUUCGGGCACCGUUCGCGGCUCGUACGGCUACACGGACAAGGACGGCCUCUUCCGCCUUGUCGAGUACGUCGCGGACGCCAUGGGUUUCCGGGCCAUGAUCAAGACGAACGAACCCGGAACCAAGUCCGGGGGCUCGGCCGACGCCCCCGUGGAGUCUUCCGCGCCUGAGCAAUAAGCUAACACUUUGACAAAACGGCUUGGCGGGAUAUGUCGUAAAAAGUUACUGUAGAUACAGAAGCGAUGGUGACGAAACAGAAAAAGGAAAGUGUGGUAGCCUUAUCUGCCACUUUGCCCUGCAACGGGACGAUGCAGAAAGCGUUGCAUUCCAUAUGAAAACCCGCCGAGUCGAAUUUUGCACUGCCGCCGACUUGAGCUCGAGAUAUCCGAAGAAAUUGAAACGUACUGCAUCCGUUUCUGGGUUCAUCAACGUCACCUGCAAGAGCAAGGUGUGUUUUAAAGGGUGCUGUCUAGUGAAUGACGUUCAGGUUCGUGCUUCCAUGAGGUUGUGCCUAAAGAGCGUUCGCCUGUAGCUCAGCGUGCUCCAGGUACUCGAUGCAACCGGUACCGAUGUGUCGCCAUUCAGCUGAGAUGGCAGGGAAUCCGGUGGUACCGAGUCCAUCCCUGGCUAAUUAAUGCUCGUGUAAGGUUGGAAAGUUGGUCACUGAAGUAACCUCUCGGUACUUCGGUGUCUCACCUGCUUACAGCAGCGUUUAUUUUCGACACAUAUUACACGGCCAAAUAGAAACGGAAAGCUUUAACGCCACUCGACUCAGGUAUAGCUUUUAAUGAUCGGGCUAUCUUUUCUUCAGUGAACGACACUGCGUUGUGACGGCUCCGUUCUGCGUCUGAAUGGGAACGACACUUCAUUUUCUGAAGGAAGCAACCUCGAGUUGUGUGAGAUUGAAACCUUUGUAGUUUUGUGAAAACAUAUUCGCUGCGUUUUCGUAUUGCUGUAAAUGUAAGAGGCUGGCGCAUUAUUAGAAUGGCGAGUGCUUUUGAACAAUGUGCUGCGAAGAGCUGUCACAUCGGAGUAGGCUUAAGAGACCAAUAUAUGCAAUCGCUUUUUCAAGUUGGCACGUGCCAUUAAGCUGUUAGUGCCUGACAUAUUAACAUGAGCGUUGCUUGUUCAUUGUUCUUUCUGUGCUUGUAAGACUUAGGCACUAAUUCUAAACGGGUUCUGUGUUUUUGUCAUGUUUGUGUUACGCAACACACAAAAAUGUGCGCGGCCGCCCACUAUAUUUUCUUCACUUGUGGUAGUACUUUUCUUUAAUUAAUGGCCCUCGUUGACUCUUGUAUUCUGCUGCAAUAUGCGACUAACUGGGAAAAAGUGCAAACUUUCUAUAGCUUCUUGUGUGUGGUGUUCAUUGUCUUGUCCUAAGUGUGGGCGUCUUCGAGAGAAGUUUAUUUAUUUAUUAGCGCUUCUGUGAUGUCAGUGUGAGUACACAUCGUUGCUUACACAUCUGUGACGUGCAUGCCUUCAAUGCAUAUAAAA